AGCGGUCGGAAUAGCGAAACCUGAGGGGGUAUACGGCAGCCGGGGGAGGGGCAACAGUGGGAGCCCUCCCCGGGGACACACUCCAAGACCUAUAUACAGGUCUGUUGCAGCGGACAGUUCCUGGCAGAGUAUCGGCAGAAUUCUCUAUAUCCACCAUACAGUCCAGACACAUAUUCCCAAAUGAACGAGUCUCUGUCCACAUCAGAGGGCUUGAGUGAUGCCCAGCCGGGCAGCCCAGCAAACCCACAGCUUGUGCCACUUAACCCCGGUGGAGGAGGCAAAGCCGCCCCUCCUGGCAAGAACAGCAAGAAGGGGCAGCGUAUGGACCGUAGUAGUGACGAGUACCGCAUGCGCAGGGAACGAAACAACAUGGCAGUGAAAAAAAGCAGAUUAAAGAGCAAGCAGAAAGCUCAAGACACCUUACAAAGGGUCAACCAGCUCAAAGAGGAAAAUGAGAGACUAGAAGCUAAAAUCAAGCUGCUUACUAAAGAACUGAGUGUUCUGAAAGACCUGUUCUUAGAGCAUGCUCACAAUUUGGCAGACAAUGUGCAGCCUGAGGCCGCCGCGCCAGGGCCAGAGAGUGCAGCGCCAUAACCAGUGGCAGGGCGUAGCAGAAGACGCAAAGAACUUUUGCGGAUGCAAAGCCUAGUGUUCUUUGUGCUAGCUCUCCAGUGCACGUUUGGUUCUGGACCCAAUUAAUUUAUGCAGAAAUCUUAUUUUUGUUGGUAUAUUUUGGCCCCUGGCCCUCGACUCUUCAAGCACACAAGCUUCACCUUGAGUAUCGAUGAGAAAAAAGGAAAUGCAGCAAAUAAGACUUUCUCUUAGUUCAAGUAAAGCAAUAAUAUUUAUAUCUGUUGUUGUUUAAGGUUGAA